AUGAAAGAACAUUUACAAACAGUCAAAACAAAAAUUUCCAAACUGCAAUCUUUCCUAGGUGUACAUAAGAUUGAACAACAACUACAUCAAUGUCAACGUUACAUUGAAGAUCUAGAAAAAGAUGAAAGGACCAAAGAAUUUGACAUCAAAAUGAAGCAAAAUGGUGAGAUAGAAAACAUACUAAGCAAAUUAGUUUCAUUAGAAUCUAUAGGAGAAGUUAUAGUUGUAAAGACAGAAAUGAACUUGAAUAAAGAAACCAGUUUAAGGAGGAAAGCACAAGUGAAAUCACAAGAACAAUCAAACAUAAACAACAUGACAAUGACUAUUGAGAGAAAGAUAGAGAUCACGCGAAGGGAGGAUAUUAUUGACAUUAUUUGUCUGAUUGAUGGAAGAGUUGUAUUAGUUGAAUUUUAUGGUAAAGUUUACCUUCUUACUUCUGAUGGCAAACUUCAGAAACAGUUACCUAUACUUGGGGGAGCGAUCAGUGUUACACAGAUCAAUCAAGACACUAUUGCCAUAACUUAUCCUGUUGAGAAAGCCAUUAAGAUCUUCAAUAUAGCGGAUGAAACCGUUAUAAAAGUUUUAAAAUUAGAUAAACAAUGCUACGGUUUAUCAUUUUCAAAUAAUUCUCUGGCUGUAGGUUUGAGUACAGAUGAAAUCCGUAUCAUAGACAUGGAAGGAAACACUCUGAGGUCAAUGCAAGUUCAAUGUGAACCAAGCUAUAUUAAUCUUUGUUACUGUAAUAAAAGAGUAAUCUAUUGUGAACGAAACAUGAAAGCAAUAUACUGUAUUGAUGAAUCUGGUAAACAGAUCUGGCAGUAUAAACAGGAUUUAACAGGACCACAUGGACUUUGUAUAGAUACUUAUGGAAACACCAUUGUAGUUGACUAUAAAACUCAUAAAAUAAGAGUAAUAUCAAAAGAUGGACAAGAUAGUAAAGUACUGAUUAGUAAAGAGUAUGGACUGAUGUAUCCACAGUUGAUCUGUUUUAAACAUAAUGAGUCGUCAGGUUUUAUUUGUGGUUAUAAUGGCACAUACUUGGCCAAAUUUAAUUUGUCAUUUGAAUAA